CUCUAUUAAGCAUAUCUCAACGAAACAUUGGCGAGUAUACGCGGGAUGGUUUUUCAAGAUAAUGGACGGGUGCUUGGCGUUUGUAUUAAAACGAAGUGUUUGGUCGUGACCUGUGCCUUUGUUCUUGCUUCAACUACACUCGUUCUUUUUCAUUCGUUAGACAUUGAAUGUCACUACAUUUCACUUGUACCUUUUUUUUUAUCUUAUCUGAUUCUUUUAUAAUCUGCUAGACGCAAGAUGUCUUCCUCCAUUCUUUUCGCUGCCGGCCUUCUUGUCGGCGCCGCUCAGGCCUACACCCAAGUCAACGUUGCCUCUCCCUUUAUGCUCAAGAACAUCGAUCCAAUUGUCUUCCCCGGCGAGUACAGCAAGUCUCAUCUUCACUCGUUCUUCGGCUCCGAUGCCGUCACCGUCAACACCAAGACCAGCGCGGAACUGCAGAAGGGCUGCACCAAUGCCGAGAACCCCAACGAUCUUUCCGUCUACUGGAUUCCUACGCCGCUCUACACCGCGGAUGGAAAGAACUUUGAACCUAUCCCUGUUAUGCGCUUCAGUGCGUAUUACAACCUUGGCGAAACACCCGCUGAGGUUCCUAUUCCUCAGAACUUGAGAAUGGUGGCGGGUGAUGCCAAUGCGCAGACUCAAGCCGAUAUGCCAGCUGAUGCCAAAGUGGAGUGGAUGUGCGAAAGCGAGGCUGUUCCUCUCGGCGCCAACGGUUUCCCUACUUCAACCUGCGGCACUCAUCUCCAGCAACUCCUCUACUUCCCCCAGUGCGUCAACGAACAAACCCUCGAAACAGCCUACAAGUCCCGCGACUACGGCACUGCCAACUGGUGUCCUGAGGGCAGCAAGUCCAUGCCCCAGCUGCGCUUCAGCAUCCGCUACGAUCUCCGCAAGGUCCUCCCCAACGGUUGGAGCGGCGAGGCGCCGUUCAAGCUUGCGUGCGGAAAUGCUUUCUGCUCGCAUGGUGAUUUCAUCAAUGGCUGGACUGAGGAGGCGGCCAAGAACAUGGUUGCUACUACUGCGGAUAAGCGGAAGUUUAGUGCCGUUGAGGGUGCGCUUGGAGAUCCUCAUGCUGGACCUACUUGUGAGGCUAAGGAUGCUGAUCCGGAGCAUGGCACUAGUGACUACAAUGAGAGCGUGGCUGUUAUGAACAAGCGGGAUGUUUCGGCUUGGGGAUGGAAGUCCAAGGCUCGUGUUGUUCGCGCUUAGGUUGAUGCUUCGUGGAUUGGGCUUAUCAAGCUACUAGCUCUGAUCGAGAUCUAUUGGACAGAGAAAACGUAUCUUUCAUAGCUUGUACAUAGUUACAUGUGAAUAAACCUGAGUCUUUU